AUGGAGCUUGAACCCACGCUAGGCUCGUUCCUCGAGCCGUACCUACCCAAGAAGCACAAUGGAGUGAAAGAAAACAAGCCUCAGACACCAUCUACAUAUUUAAGAGCUGUUUCUCCAGCUGCUGAAACAUCUCAAUUGGGAGAACAACCAACGUCUGAAAAACUUCAAGAUGCACAAGACAAGACCACUUCUUCUCGCUCCAAACGGCCAUUCAUUACCCUUACUUGGGCACAAAGCAUAGAUGGUCGUAUAGCUGGUGCUGUUGGCACAAGAACGAGGAUCUCAGGCCCAGAGACAAAGGUGAUGACUCACUACCAGCGUUCUCGUCAUGACGCAAUCCUUGUGGGCGCUAGAACUGCUUUGACCGAUGAUCCAAAGCUCAAUUGCAGGUUUCCAGAAACUGGUGCUCAUAUGAUAAGGCCGGUGGUGGUAGAUCCUUCGGCAAGAUGGUGUUAUUCUACUUCUACUGCUCGUCAGGUGUUCCUACAAAAGGCUGGCAUAGCACCGUUUAUUGUGGUUAAGAAAGAUGCUCCUGUGAAAGAAGAGGAGGAGUCUUUGUUGGAGAAGGACGGCGGUCGUUACGUUCGUCUUGAUCUUGGUCUGGACUUGGAAGCUAAUUGGAACCUCAUUUUCGAUGGACUUGGCGAUUUGGGUAUAAAGAGCGUCAUGGUCGAGGGUGGUUCAUUCGUGAUUGAGUCGCUUAUAACUCUGGGUCUUCCAGACUCCGUGAUUAUCACGAUUGGCUCUGUCUUCCUCGGUCGUCAUGGUGUCUCUGUGAGUCCCCAAAUAGCCCUAAAGCUUGAAGAGGUUACCUGGUGGAGAGGACAUGAGGACGCUGUAGUGGCUGGACGGCCAGCUAAGACAGACUAG